UCUCAAGUCGAAAAAGAAAUAUAUUAUAAACGAAACUUUUCCUUAGUCAAAGCCUAACAAUGGACUUCGAAGAUAUUCUAAAAGAUGUUGGUGGUUUCGGACUGUAUCAAAAAAUUUUGGUUGUGGGAUUUCUAGUCCCAGCCUUCAUAGUAAUUCCAUGGUUUUCAAUGAACAGCAUAUUCUUAUCAAAUACUCCAGAACAUUGGUGCUAUGUACCGGAAGUGGCACAUUCCAAUUUGUCGCUCGAAUUCCAGAAGCUAUUAAUCCGACCUCCUAGUGACAAAUCUUGUUCAAGGUAUGAUAUCAAUUACUCGCAGAUUUUAGAAUCUGGCAACUGGUCCAUAAAUCCAGACUGGCCUACAACUAAAUGCGAUCAAGGAUGGCAGUUCGACAAGACUAAUUACGAUGCGACAGCUGCCACCAGAUGGAAUAUGGUCUGCAAAGAUGGUCACUACAGUAGUCUGGUUCUCAGCUUAAUUUUCAUUGGUGAUGUGGUGGGAACACCUUUCUAUGGAUUUCUUUCUGAUAGAUGGGGUAGAAAGCCAACGUUUCUCUUCAUGGCCCUAUUAAUUUCUGUGACAGAAAUUGGAUCUGUAUUGAGCCCAAACUUUGUUUUAUUCCUAAUACUGCGGGCCGUCAACGGCAGUGCCAUGUCUACCAUAUACGGCGUCGCCUACAUUAUCAUUCUCGAACUAGUAAAUCCUGAUAUGCGGACUCGAAUGAACGGAAUUUCGACCACUUCUUGGACGAUUGGUCUUUGCCUUCUGCCUUUAAUCGCAUGGUUAACAAGAAAUUGGAUCCAUCUCAGCAUAACUACAUCUGCCACGGCUGCGGCAUUACUCUUAUUCUGGAAACUAAUACCCGAAUCUCCCAGCUGGUUGAUAUCCCAAGAUAAAUAUACAGAAGCAACAGAAAUUAUGAAAAGGAUAAGCAAAAUAAACGGGAAGAAAGCUCACGAAGGAAACGAACUGUUGCAGAAAAUUCAGAAACUCGGCGAUAAAAUCAAGAAACAAAAGGACGGAGAAGAUCAGCAUUCACCGCUGGAUUUCUUUAGGUACCCGACUCUCAGGAAAAGAUUUCUGCUGGUUACCAUAUGCUGGAUGGGUAACUCUAUCCCUUAUUUUGGUCUCCAGAUGAAUGUGAAGAACCUCGCAGGUAGUGAGUUCUUGAAUUUCUUCCUGGUAUCUUUAGUGGAAAUACCUGCGCACAUAUCCACGUGGCUGUUUAUGGAACGUAUUGGUAGGAGAUGGUGUUCUGUUUGCGCAUUUGCUUUGUCUACCAUUGCUUGUCUUCUUCCAGUAAUUUUCCCUCCAGAAUACGAAAUGGUGGGAGUUGCUGCUUCUCUACUUGCAAAAGCUGGCACCAGUUCCGCUUUCAUGACUCUGUAUCAACAAAGCCCUGAAUUGUUUCCCACUUCACUGAGAGGUGUUGGCAUGGGCAUGAGUUGUACCAUCGGAACCGGUUCUACUCUCCUAGUGCCUUAUGUAGUCUACCUGGCUAAAUAUGGAACGUAUAUACCAUUCCUGGUAUUCGCAAUCAUAACUAUGUUUUCUGGUGUGUGCGCAUCUUUCCUGCCAGAGACAUUAAACAAGAAACUUCCACAAACUGUGAUGGAUGCGGAGAAUUUCGAGAAAAAUUUCAAGUUUUGUUCCUGCUCUGCGAGCUGCGAACCGGAUCCUGAAACCGAACGGUCUUCUUGGACUCCAGCAACGUUGUCAGCAGCAGAUCUGUCCAAUUCAAUAAAACUCUACUCAGAGCAUAUGCCGGUGAAAGACCCACCUGUUUUGUUAAUAAAGCGGAAUUCAACCUCGUCAAUUACAGACAUACCUCCCAUACGGAUUUCAACAUUGAAAACAGAACAAAAACUAAGAUAAUUAUAAAAAAAGAUCUGAGACUUUAUGAAGAACUGGAACUAAUUUGCUUUUGAAUUGAAAUUUGGAAAGGGACAGGAAAAAGAUUGAGUAAAGCAUAACAUAGUCAUUUUUGAAAGCUAGGUGAAGAAAAUUUGGCUUUCUAGUGUACAAUAUUUAAAAAGUUAACUGCAUAAUAUAAAAACAUGUGCUAUGUAUCCAUAAUAAAAGUCUUUUAUUCACUUAUGUA